AUGUCCCGCUCCCAGCCGGACACCAAGGCCCGACUCCAUGCUUCUCAGGCCAGGCCGGAAGUGGGAGCCAGGCCACAGCAAGGCAGCCCUAGGAAGUGGCAGAGGCUCACCAUCGAGGGUGCCACCAAGCUGCUGCUGGAUACCUUGGAAUACCAGGCCCUGGUGAACCACAUAGGAAGCUGCCACUAUGGAGCAGUUCACUUUGAAGUUUGGACCUCAGAAGACUUGCACAUUUGCAACUGCAGUAUCUGCAAGAAGCAGAAUACACCCUUCAUGGUACUGGCUUCUCACUUCAAGCUCCUGAAGGAAGCUGAGAGCACAACCACAUACACAUUCAACAAGCACAAAGCGCAGCAUGCCUUCUGUAAGAGAUGUGGUGUGCAGAAAUACACUCCCCACUCAAACCCUGGAGGAUUUGGAAUCAUUCCACACUGCCUGGAGAAGGGCCCCACGUGGAGUGUGGACAUUGAGAAAUUCAGUGACAACGACUGGGGGAAAGCCACGAAAGAGCACAAGACCAUCAGGAACAUGUCUAAGGAGUAUGCUACAACUGAUGUCAAGGAACUGACUGUUUAUGUUCUCUUCUAA